AUGUCGAUAUCCCACACCCACCCUAAUUUGUUUCUUCCUCUCCUUCUAUCAUUCUUUUUCUUGCCUGCUGUUUUGGGCGGAACAAACUUCAGAACGUGCAAUGGAAGUUAUGAAAAAUAUCGCGUUAAUGUGGAGACUGUGGAGAUCUCCCCAUACCCUAUUACACGUAGCAGUAAUGCAGACAUUACAAUAACGGGUUAUACAGCCAGAAUCCCUGAUGGAGCAAUUGUGGAACUCACCAUUGCGAAAGCCAGCGCCGGCCACCCUAUAGUUUCCAGUACUAAAACCUACAACUUGUGUGAUAUAGUGAGGUGUCCCAUCAGACCUGGCCGCUUUGCGUUUACUUUAUCUAAAAUAUUCAGUAACGAAGAGCUAAAAGGAAGGAUAUAUGCUAUCACAGUAGGCAUCAAGGAUAAGAAAGACCCAAUGAUGUGCGUCGUGUUCCUUUGUUGGGUUACCGAUGAUGGUAGUAUGUCUCUUAUUAGGCAACCUGCUACGAUGAUGGAGCUUGAAUAAGCCAUUGAAAACCAAACCGGAUGACUUCGUAUCGUACCAAAAUUCCAAACCGAAAAAUUAAUGCAGUGGACGGCUAAGUAUCUGUUCUUUUUUAAUUAAGUUCUUGUUUUGCAAAUAAGAGGAGUAGAAGUGAGCUUCCUCCACAUUUUAUGUUUCUCUUGCUUGUAGGAGUUUAAGUCCAAC